AUGGCGGUCUCUUUAGUUGAACCUGCGCUAUUGGCAAAGUUGUUUUACGAAAACAAGGGAAAUGCUUCUACUGCAGUUCGUGAAUUUCCUUGUAGAAAGGACCUACGGCGUGGACCAAUGUCUACUAAAGGUAUUUUGGCUAUGACUAAGAGAUUUGAAGAGAAGGUGAAAUUAGAUGUUCAACAUGAAAGAGGCCGUAAACUUGUCUCAUCGCAUUAUCAAUCAUCAUUUCGAAAACGAUCCGGAGUUGUUUUUAAUAGUGUGCCUGAAACAGAUGCAAUACGUCGCCAACCCCCACCUUAUGUGCCUCCCCCUCAGCCUGCACGUAAGGAUGGUCAUACAUCUCCACCACUCGGGCAUUUACUACAAGGAAGAACUUCUACAAUAGAAAACUUUGGGAGAAGUAGUGUUCAGAAUAUUUCUAAUUUUCCUCAUAGCAUUUGUUCUCCAACUUAUCCUGUAUUGUAUCCUAAUUCUCCACCCGAUCAAAAAAAUAGAUCUGGAAUCAUGCUGUAUAACCCAAUGUGGAACAAUGGUUUACCUGUUAAUAGCAGCAGUUCAGAAUCCCUCGCAUCUCAUUCUGUGCCUCCACCAAGGCCCCCACUUCCAGAACAAAAAAAUUAUCCUUAUCCUAGUUCUUGGAGGAGUGAACUUGGUACCCAUCGUGCCUCUGCAACAAAUACGUCUGAUUUUGCUUCUCAGGAGUACUUUCCCCAAGAUGAAGUUUCUUCUAAUAAUGUGUGUCCACCUCACUCAAGUUCUGUAUCCUGUACUGGAAGGAAAGUAAGGACACUGUUUGCUUGUCGAGGAGAAAAUGAAAUGGAAUUGUCAUUUGAACCAAAUGAAAUUAUUUACAAUGUGACACCAUCUCAAGAGCCAGGAUGGAUACGAGGAACAUUAAAAGGCAAAACAGGUCUUAUUCCUGCAAAUUAUGUUACGUACUUAUCUUGAAUUCACAGGUCCAGAGCCAUUUCAUGUGUUUCUUUCAUGCUUCCAUUCAUUCCGUAAUUAGAGAACUAAAAAAUUUAGAUCUCUAGUUAUAUAACAGUAUUCUCAUUAUUUAUAUGAAGAACUGGCCAAGCUGUCUGUAUUUGCUCAUAAUUAUAUGAAAUUAACUGAAUUCAAAUGAAAGAUCAGCAUUAGAUAUUCUGAAAUGUUUUCAGUUUUAAAUUCCUUUAGAUGAUUAUAUCAUAUAUAUGUAUACAUUAAAUAUAUAUAUAUUUAUUGUACAUAGUAGAAUAUUUUGAUAUAUUGCAAUUAUAU